AAGCGUGGGUGAACAAGCACCGCACGCACCACCCCGCGUGGAUGGACUACUGCGAGCCGUACCACUGCAACGACUACCACCGCCCCGCCUGCGGACUCAACAACAACACCAUGAGGUUCAGAUGGUUCCAAAGUAGUUGUCAUGUUAUAUUGAACAACUUGUGUUCAACCUACCUAGGAACUUUGAAAUAUGACGUAGUAAACCCAAGAUACUGCGAAAAAUAUAUAAUGUUUUUGCGUGUUGGGUGUCCGUUGGUCUGUCCGGACAAGUUGGACCCGACUUGCGGCGUCAGCUCUUUGGACAAUCAAGUUGUGAUGUUUAUAAAUAAAUGUGCCAUGGAGAGAGCGAAUUGUGAAAGGGAGAAUUAUGAAGUUGUUCAAUGUCUAUUCGAAUCGAGUUUUAAAAGGACCUUGGCCUCGAAUCAAAAAGAAAGAAUACAAGUAUUGAGACAGAAAUUGCAAGAAAAGAUCCAUUCGAAAAGAAUCUCUGACUCAAUUCAUCCGUUUGAUAAACACGAUUCUUCAUACGAAUGGGAUUAUAAUACAAAUGAUUUACCAAUAACACCUAUAGAUAAAUAUAUCGGAAAAAAUACUAAAAACUACAAAAGAGUGCUAACUACAAAGUUUGCUAGCAAAAAAGGCGGAAACUUCAAAAGUGCACUCCCUACAAUCAAGAUUCCAAGCAAAGAUGGUUAUGCCAUAGACAAUUUCCAAGAUGGCGGAUUAAAAAAAAACCUGUCACACAGUCGUUUGCGUUCAAAAAUAAGAAUAAAGGGGAUUAUUAAGAAACCUUUGGAAAUAUUUUAUAGACGAGCGUUUAAUUAUGAUAUUGUUGAUUCCGAAUGGGUGCACUGUCAAGAUAUUAUUACGCCAUUUUUAACUGGAGCCAAACUUAAUAUAAGCAGUCCUAAAGUAAUGAAUCAAAAGGAUCCAACAGUUUUGAGACUCAUUUCCCUUCUGAAGGUGGACACAUCAUCGUACAGCAGAGAAGACAUCUACUCCAUACUCUAUCAGAUCAGCAAUUUGAAUCUUCGCUUCUUCAGAUGGGACGUCAGCUCUAUGAAAAUGCUGUUCAAUGUUAUCAUAAAAGAGAAAAGACAUACUUUUGGCAGUCUGAAGAAAGGUCUUCGCCAAAUGUUCCACAAAUGGCACCUGGACUUCAGCAAUAGUACUGCUCUGUUGCGUCAAUCGAGGAUUUUCCGACCGCCCUGCGUGAAUAGUGCCACUUUUGACGGCUCCACGAAAUCACCAAGAAUAACGAUAUAUCCAAAGAGAACAGAAGCAACCACUCCUUGCGAGGACUACGAUGAAGACUGCAGAAAUUGAAGAUUCUUUUGUAAUACAAAGGUUUCAAAACCUGAAA